UGACCAUCCUUCCUGGCAGGAUGGAUAGAAUGACAGAAGAUGCUCUUCGUCUGAAUCUGUUGAAGCGGAGCUUGGACCCAGCAGAUGAACGAGAUGAUGUCCUGGCAAAGCGACUGAAAAUGGAGGGGCAUGAAGCCAUGGAACGUCUGAAAAUGUUGGCACUGCUGAAAAGGAAGGAUUUGGCAAAUCUUGAGGUGCCACAUGAGUUACCUACCAAACAGGAUGGCAGUGGUGUCAAGGGCUAUGAAGAGAAACUCAAUGGAAAUCUCAGGCCUCAUGGAGACAACAGGACUACUGGAAGACCAGGCAAAGAAAACAUCAAUGAUGAGCCUGUGGAUAUGAGUGCUAGACGGAGUGAGCCAGACCGAGGAAGACUAACUCCCUCCCCAGAUAUCAUUGUUUUGUCUGAUAAUGAGGCUUCCAGUCCCCGUUCCAGCUCCAGAAUGGAAGAAAGACUCAAAGCAGCCAACUUAGAGAUGUUUAAGGGGAAGGGCAUCGAGGAACGGCAGCAGCUCAUCAAGCAGCUAAGGGAUGAGCUACGAUUGGAAGAAGCCCGACUGGUGCUAUUAAAGAAACUGAGACAGAGUCAGCUGCAAAAAGAAAAUGUGGUCCAGAAGACUCCAGUUGUACAAAAUGCAGCAUCAAUUGUUCAGCCAUCUCCUGCCCAUGUGGGACAGCAGGGCCUAUCCAAGCUUCCCUCUCGACCAGGGGCCCAAGGGGUUGAACCUCAAAAUUUGAGAACAUUACAGGGUCACAGCGUCAUCCGUUCAGCAACCAAUACCACCCUCCCACACAUGUUGAUGUCUCAGCGUGUUAUUGCACCAAACCCAGCCCAACUACAGGGUCAGCGGGGCCCACCGAAGCCUGGUCUUGUACGCACCACAACACCCAACAUGAAUCCCACCAUCAAUUACCAGCCGCAGUCAAGUUCUUCUGUUCCCUGUCAACGCACAACAUCCUCUGCCAUCUAUAUGAACCUUGCUUCUCAUAUCCAGCCAGGGACUGUGAACAGAGUGUCCUCACCACUUCCCAGCCCCAGCGCCAUGACUGAUGCUGCCAACUCACAGGCUGCAGCCAAAUUGGCUCUUCGCAAACAGCUGGAAAAGACACUUCUGGAAAUCCCACCCCCUAAACCUCCUGCUCCUUUACUUCACUUCCUGCCUAGUGCAGCCAAUAGUGAGUUCAUCUACAUGGUAGGCUUGGAAGAAGUCGUACAGAGUGUCAUUGACAGCCAAGGCAAAAGUUGUGCCUCACUUCUGCGAGUUGAACCUUUCGUAUGUGCCCAGUGCCGCACAGAUUUCACUCCUCACUGGAAGCAAGAAAAGAAUGGUAAGAUUCUAUGUGAGCAGUGUAUGACCUCCAACCAGAAAAAGGCUCUGAAAGCUGAACACACCAACCGACUGAAAAAUGCUUUUGUUAAAGCCCUACAGCAGGAACAGGAAAUUGAACAGCGAUUACAGCAGCAGGCAGCCCUCUCCCCCACUACGGCUCCAGCUGUGUCCAGUGUCAGUAAACAAGAGACCAUCAUGAGACAUCACACGCUUCGGCAGGCUCCACAGCCCCAGAGCAGCCUCCAGCGUGGCAUACCCACAUCUGCCCGCUCCAUGCUUUCAAACUUUGCACAGGCACCUCAAUUGUCUGUGCCAGGUGGCCUCCUUGGUAUGCCAGGUGUCAACAUUGCGUACUUGAACACUGGCAUCGGAGGACACAAAGCCCCCAGUUUGGCAGACCGACAGCGUGAAUACCUUUUAGACAUGAUCCCUCCCCGGUCUAUAUCGCAGUCCAUCAGUGGACAGAAAUAACGCCUGUUCCACUUGUACUGCCCCAACCUUGAAUCCUUUACCCCUUUCCUCUCCAGUCUCCCCCAACUUCCGUCGCAUGCAGUGCCUGUACUGGUGCCUACCAUACACGGAAAGCAAAACAGAAAAACAGAAGACAAAAAGUAGAAAUCAACAAGAAAACACACGCCCUGCCCUGCCACCUCCCCUUUAUUUCACACUGCUGCGAUCUGUUCUUCUGCCGCUCUUUUACCUUCAAUGUUCUUUAACAGUGUGGUGGAUCUUUGCCUCUGAUAGAGGUCAGAAUGAGGUCCUGGGGAGAAUCUAAGCCCUCUAACGUGUGUUUCUAAAGUUCGUUUUAUACUGUAAUUAUCAUCAUUUUAAUGAUGUUGUGUGUCCUCCCUCUGUUCAGUGGACGGUUAACCCCUUUCUCCCCUGAAUCUUUUCCUUUUCCUUUCUUUUCUUUCUUUUCCUUUUUUUUUUUGUAAACACAUGUGACAUUCAGUUCAAUGAUAGGAGCUUUACAGAUUGCAGUAGCGUCCCCAACUGCCAAAUAGGACAUGACGGGGGUUGUUAGGGGCAGAAGUUUUGAAUGCACUUAACCCAGGGGUAGGGGUGGCAUCAAAUGAGGAGGACUACCCCAGCUGUGGGUAUUUUAGGCUGAACAGUUUGGGAGGCAGUGUUAGUACUGAAAUUGGGCUCUUAAGAGUGAGGGGAAAGAGCCUGGAGGGAGAAGCUUUAAAACGCAACCACCCUGGAAUUUGCCCUUAGAGGGGGAGAAAAGGGUAUGAUGAUGAACACAAAUGGUGGGCCACUGGCCUUGGCCUUCUGGAUGCUGGGAAUAAGAUUGGUCUCCUGACCCCCAUGGAGAUACAGAAGUCUAUCCAGGCCCCAAAUAAUUUCAUCUUAUUUUCUUUGCAUAAUUCUCCCCCACAUCUUAUUUUAAAAUCCCUGUUCUGUCCCUUCUCACCACAGCCCUGGCUAUAGUACAGAGGCACAGCUGCCUCUGGGCUGAGUUUGCUGAGCAUCCUAGAACUUGCAAUGGGCAUGAGUGAGUCAGUGACAAAAGAAGAAAAUAGAAGAAGUAAGCAGGAAUUACUCCUAACAGUUGAGAUUCUCAUAUCUGCCUGUCCCUUCCCCCCAUGAGUGCCAGGAGAUAAGGGUGAGGGCAUCCCAUCAGGUCGGAGUCCUGUUGUACUGCGCUUCACUAACUGCAGAACCAGCUGCUCAGUGCCAGACAGCUUAUGUGAAGACCAGCUUUGGACCUCCACUAUACAAGUAGUUCCCCCACCCCAUCCCCACUCCCACCCCCCAGAAUUCUAUUAAUUUUACUUUUUUGUUGUUUGUUGUUUUUACUUUUUUUUUUCUUAAGCGCUACUAAUGUAGAGAAUGAUUUGAAUUGUGCAAUGUUGCUGUUCUGGGGAGUGAGGAGAUUAGCAUCCCAUUUGCCCACGCUGUGGGGAAGAGGAAGGGGACCAGGUAGUUUUGAGGUAAGGGAAGCCCCUUAAAGGUCAAGGCAUCUGCUCUCCUCUUCAUGUACACCCACUUGCCUCUGCAGCUCCAGUAGCUGCUGGAGUGCAUUGGGAAGAUGCUCUCAGCAGACAAGUGUGAGGAGUUCAAUAUUUUUGCCCUUAAAAGCCACCUGAGGAAAUCCCCCCACUUUUAUUUUUAAAACUUAAAUAAUUUUUUUAAAGUAAGAAGGCACUUUUUAAAUUAACACACACAUAAACUGCACAUCUUCCCCAUAAAAUUGGGAGGUGAGUGGGGGAAGGAGCUGAAAUCAGGCUCAGGUCCCUCACUCUGGCCUCUACUCCCCACACCCCAGUGCCACUGUGGGUGAUUAUACUGGCCCUACGGGCCUUCUUGGCUUUUUUUCUUUCCUCCCUUUCCCCAAAUUCAUUGAGCACUUAAUAAAGGAGCAGAGAUGCAGCCAGUGUCUGGGCCCCCCAGCGGUGAAAUGAUCUGGAAGCUAGAUGCUAGUAACAGGUAGUGAUCGGGUCGUUUCGAGUAUUUUUCUGGGGAAUAUGGUACCCCUGACUGUAAGUGGUGGGAGAGGGAGGGGGGUUAAUGGAACUGGGUCUGGGAUUAUUUUAAAAUUAUAUAUAUAUAUAUAAAGAUAUAUUCUUACAUCUUUUCUUUGCCCUCUGUGCUUUGAAAGCACUGGAUAAAUUGUUUGGUUUUGCUUUUCUCUCUUCCACAAAAUUGGAAGCUUUUUUUUUUAAUGUUUUCUCUACAAGUCAUCUUGCCUUGUGGCAUGUCUGUCUUGCAUCCCCCUCUCCCAUGAUGAAGUGCCAUUUCUGUUAUGUCUCCCUCUCUCCCAGCUCAGAGGUGCUCAGAGGUACGAGGUGCCCAAGUUUGUCAGUUGAGAUUAAAAGUAAGGAGCAGAGAAUGUGCAAUACCGUCUGGCUGGGGGCUGUCCCUGCCCUGAGCUGAGUCCCUUCCCUGGGAGCCAGGCCACUUUGAAUGGGGUUUGGAAGUGAGAUGUGUAGAGAUGGGGAAUGGCGGGGAAGAAAGCCCAUAGUCGAGUGCCUGCUUAGGUGCUGAAUCCGUAGGGGAGCAGGGAGCUUCCCUGUUUUAUCCCCUCAGGGUCAAUCACAUAGAAGCUGCUGUGGCUAGUAUAGCUCUGUGACCCUUUUCAAUCGCUGAGGUUUGAUUUCUUAUCCUCUCUCCUCCCCAUUUUCAUACCCUUCCCAGGGACUGGUGAUGGGGGUGAGGGGCCUCCCUAAUCAUGGUAAAGUAUUAACCUUCUACUUCCUCCUUUCCCAUCUCUUCCCCAUCUGUCUUCUUCAGUUCUCUCUCUCUCUCUCUUUUUUUUAAUCACUGAUUGCCUUGUGUCCCUCCAAGUCUUCUUUACUACCCAUCCCCAGGUUUUGGGCCCUGUGGACACUAACCUCAUGCUCUGAGGAUAAGAGGAAAGACCCUCUGUUGGGAUAGUUAUCCUUACCCUGGGAGCUCUGAAAGCCAGGGUAAGAAUAGAGAGGUUCCCAAGAGUUCUACCUGCCUUCCUCCAUCCCAGAGGCACCACAACUUGUGGUUUGUGGACAGGGUCUUCUUCCCUGAGAGGGUGGACUAGUAAUAGGCUUGGGUGAAACGGGGAGACAGGGGUCCUUAUUUGUCAGUUUUGUCAUUUGACCACAGCAUCUGGACUCCUUCCAUCCCUAGAAUAAGUAUUUUUCCCACAUUUUUGGAUACAUGUAUGGUAGACAAUUUUUUUUUAAGACUGAGAUAAAUGUUUUCCUGCUUUGGUUACCUUUCCUUUCCCCUUUAAAAAGGAAUUAGCUAUAGAACUGCUUUGUAAAGAUGCUUCUUGAUAUUUUACUUUUGUUCCUUUUCCCCAGCCAUUCCCUUUUCUCCACAUUUCUCCAGAAGGCAUAACCCUUCUCUCCAAACCCCCUACCCUCACCCCAGUCCUAGGCUCCCUUCCCUUCCAUCAAGACCUUCAUUAGCUUAUGAUAUUUGCUGCCGAGAUGUUAUAACAAGGACUCAUUCGUGUAUAUAAGCUAUUUCUUGAUCCAUUUAAAAGGAAUUGUACAUUGUGUAGAAAAAAAAAAAAACCUGAAAAAGAGAAAAAAAUGCCCUAGCCAUGGAUAUUGUGAAACUGUGUUAUGUCAUUUCGUAAUGUGCCCGUUUGUGUAUGAUCCGUGCAAAAGGGUUUCUGGGGAAGGGGAGGGGGUAGGGAGGCAGGGCUGUGGAGGGGCGGGUAGGGGAGUGGGCCGGGCCCAGCACACUGAGACUGGCAGCUGCUCCAACCCCAUCCCUCCUUUAGAGAUGCCACCUCCCCCACCACCCACCCCUAAUUUGUGCCUUGCCUCCCCACCCUGGAGUUGUCCCUCCGGGUCACCAGCACUGCCUUGGCAGAGCCCACUCCCUACCCUAACCUGCCCACCCUCCCUACCCCCCAGCAUUAGGUUGAUACUAUGGGGAAGUGCUGGGGGUUGGGAGUUAGCCGAGGAAUGGGGCAGUUCCCGGGGGCAUCGAAACCAAGUAUUAUUAUGAAUUGUAAUUGUAUUUGCACUGUUUUUUUUUCCUCUGAUUGCAUCAGCAUAUAUACAAUAUACCUAUAUAACAAAA